AUGGCUAAUUUUGUGUCUGUUGUUGCUGCUGGAAGAAAGGAGGCCUGGGUUUUGUAUGUACUGCUUCUACUAGCAUGUAUACUCCCGGAUUGUGGGUCUGCGAAGGAAUGCACGAACUCUGGUGUCUCACACACACUUCGCUAUCAACUCUUGGUAAGUAAAAACGCGAGUGAGAAGGAAGAAAUCCUCUCCCAUCACCUCCAUUUGAAUCCACCUGAGGAGUCGGCAUGGAUGGAGCUGCUCUCGCGGAAGCUUAUGAGGAGAGGCGGUCCAAGAGAGGAGUUCGAUUGGGCAGUGCUCUAUCGAAGGAUAAAGAGUCCACAUGGUCAAAUUUCUGCGGGCGGGGAUUUUCUUCAGGAACUAUCUCUUCAUGAUGUGCGGCUGGAUCCAGAUUCUAGGCACGGGGAGGCACAGAGAACGAAUCUUGAAUACUUGUUGAUGUUGGAUGUGGACCAGCUAGUGUGGAGCUUCCGGAAGCAGGCAGGUCUGCAAUAUCCUGGCAAACCAUAUGGAGGAUGGGAAUCACCGGACAUAGAGCUCAGGGGUCAUUUUGUUGGUAGGUUUUAUGCUCAUUAAUCUUGUUCUGCAGUUCUAGUGAUAGAACGGGAGUAUAUUUGAACCGCUCUAAUUCUAAAGCACGUAUUUUCGACAUAUUUGUUGCCAAAGGCUUUGGGAAUCUUGAUGUGCAUGUGGACGACGAAUUAUUUAUUCAAUUUUUAUAUGACUUUUUUCCAUUCUCUGCUCGAAUUUGUUCUUUUUUGUUUUUUAGAGACCUUUAAGCAAGAGGAUAACUCAAUUCCUACUGUUUCUUAGUUAAAUUGUUCUAUGCAGUUACUUCAUAGAUCUUCAAUUUGGUGCAUAUUUUUUUUAGAGUAUUAUUGUUUUUUUUUCUAAACAAAUCCGUCAUAUGCUGCCUUCCAUGGGCCUAUUAAACAUGUUUCCUUAAGGCGUAGUAUGAUUGGAAUAUAAAGGCCGACUGUUCAUUACCUAACGAAGCAUUUUUUAGUCAAAGUGGUAACCCUCAUUUCCUACUUUAUGAUGCCUUGCGUGGAGUAAAGCAGUGAGAUUUUUGACAUGUUUUCAGGGCAUUACAUGAGCGCAUCUGCUAAAAUGUGGGCUUCUACUCAUAAUGAUACGCUUUAUCAGAAAAUGUCUGCUGUAGUUGAAGCUCUUAAUGCUUGCCAGAAGAAAAUGGGCACUGGGUACCUUUCAGCGUUUCCUACUGAGCUUUUUGACCGUUUUGAGGCUCUCAGAUCUGUUUGGGCGCCUUACUACACCAUACACAAGGUACCAUAUGAGUUUCAUGAAAAGCCAUCUCAAACAGACUUUCAUCUAUAGGGAUUAACGUUGACGUUUGACAGAUCAUGGCAGGCCUAUUGGACCAGUAUUUAUAUGCUGGAAACAACGAAGCAUUGCAAAUGGUGGUCUGGAUGGCCGAAUACUUUGGUAAUCGGGUGGAAAAUGUGAUAAAAAAAUAUACCAUAGAGAGACAUUGGACCUCUCUCAAUGAGGAAACGGGAGGCAUGAACGAUGUCCUCUAUAACCUAUACAGCAUUACGGUAUUAUUCUCUGAUUCUUUUUAACUCCAAGGUGUGUCACUUUGUUUACUUAUACUUGAUAGGUGUCUUUUCUCAUUGCAUACAUAUAUAUAUAUAUAUAUAUAUAUAUAUAUAUAUAUAUUGAAAAAUCCCCGAGUUUAUGGAUCAAAAUGCGAUGAUUGAAGAGUACGAUGGAGCAUACUAGCUGUGGAAGUGGUUGGUAGUUUUAGUUUUCGGGGUUAUUAUAAUGUCAAUUGCCUUCGUUACAUGAUCUUGGUUUGAUUCUAUCUUAGGCUGGAAGCAGGUGUUGAAACUGUAAACUGAGAUUAACACAGGCAGUAUGCAAUCACAUAACAGGCAUCCCAAAUAUGAAGCUGCCUUGGCUCGAAUCCGAGACUUAUUUUGGUUUGUUUGACAUGAUCCCAAUUAGGGCAAGUCUCCACCCAUCCUGAUGGUUAAAAAUAAGUCUUUAUUCCUAGAAAACAAAAUAAAAUUCACAUCCAGCUGCCCGGCGCCAUUUAAACAAGAAAAAGCGUUGUCAUUAGGUCAACACUUUUGACUGAUCAUUCGUGGCCAUAGACUUCUAUUGUUAUAUUUCGUUUUAACAUCUUGUAGUUAAGCGGUCUGCUCUUGUUCUUUCUAAACGUGUUAUAUUUGUUUAUUUGUGAAAUGGAUUUGUAUUAUAAUAUAUGUCCUGGAAAAUAUUUGAAGACGAUUUAUGAGUGGUGCUGAUUAAGUAUGUACAUUGAAUUCUUAUUAUCCUUACCAUUUCAGGAUUCGGAUGUAUGAUAUCUCAACGAGAAUGUCACAGUAGAUAAGUCACUCAGUUGUAUAAUGUUUCAUGUCCUCAGGAUGUAUCGUAUAAACAUUAUGCCCAUGAAACUUAUAUAGUUGUGCUGUACAAAUUGUAUCAAAAUAAUUGCUAUCCUAGCAACAUUGUGUUCGCAAAAAUUUACCGUUGUCAAUGAUUCUGUGCUUGCUAGAUGUGUGGCUUGAACUUGACACUGAGGAAAUUGGUGGUAGAGGUUUAUAGAUAUUUUAGUCCAACAUCCAGGCUAUACAAAUGACUUGAUUAUCUUACUAUUUACAGUACCUGUUCUUUAUUUCCGUCUAUGAUCGGAGUUUAAUGUGUGGUUUGUUGUUGUUGUUGUUCUUAUUAUUUUUGUUUAAAUGCAGGGAGAUCAGAAGCAUUUGAAACUGGCUCAUCUUUUUGACAAACCUUGCUUUCUAGGUUUACUCGCCGUUCAGGUGAGAUGUUUACCAUGCCCAUGCAAAUAAUGAUUCGUUUAUUUUUAGAAACUUCAGUUUAAACUUAAAUGUCUGCUUGAGGAAAGUUGUAAACACCAUCAAAAUCAAGGAUCCAUCCAUUUUUUUUUAAUUGAUGACUGUUCUAACUAAUUUACUUUUUGUAAAAGAUGACUCAGAAAUCAAGAUUGUCAUAGGAUUUCAGAUUUUCUUCUGCAACUUCUCUCGAGUAAAAUGCAAAUUAUGAAGACACAUGAACACGUGAAUACUAAAAGACUAGAUGAUUAUUAUCUAGCAUAUGUAGGGGUGCUUAAUGAAUAUGAACUUGACAGGAUUGAGUACAUAAGAAUUUAUACUUUCUUAGCAUCAUAUCAUUCUGUAGUGUGAAACAGUAUAUUACUUGUGAAACCAACCUUUGCCCCCUUUUUCUUUACAUAAAUGAGCAAAGUAAUUUUCAUUAGUAAUAAAAAAUUCUUCAUCUAUUUCCAAACAUCAUGCCAUUAUACUAAUUUUAAUUCAUGUUUCUCUGGACUGAAUAUUUCAUUUCUCAUUCUUGUCUUCAGUCUGAUAGCCUUUCAGGUUUUCAUGCCAACACGCAUAUUCCAAUUGUUAUUGGUGCUCAAAGACGUUAUGAGAUAACAGGCGAUCCACUUUAUAAGGUACCUUCACCACAAAAUCGUUUAUGCUAACAAUGUCCUUGAUGUUGAUGAUAAAUGUUACAUCAAUUCUAGCCUGCAAGGUAUUGUGGGAUGCCAUCCCAUGAGAAAGUUCACAGACGACGAUGUUAAACAAAAAGUCUUUUCUGUUGAAUUAAAUUAUUGAAAAAUACUUUAAAAUGGAUAACUGAAUUUGAUUAUAAAAGAACCUUACUAAGAAGCCAUUGCACUCAUUUUCUUAUUUAAUCUUUAAGUAUGGUUGUAAUCCAGAGAUUAUAUGUUUAUUUCACAUUGAUUUUGUACAUAGAACACUCUGGAAAUUAAGAUAAUAUGGAGACAGCUCGCCGAAUCUAUAGGGUUCUCAGAAUAUUAAUUUCUCAUUUUAUGUUUGUAAAAUUAUGCCUCAGCACUAUUUUCAUUCGAUGAAUUCUUCUCUUGACUCAUUUUUACCUUAAAUUAAAACGUCUUUAUGUGGAAAAAUCUCCGACUCAUAUUUUGACAGGACAUUGGAACGUACUUCAUGGAUAUCAUUAAUUCUUCUCAUAGCUAUGCCACUGGUGGAACCUCUUUCGGCGAGUUCUGGUAAUCACAUAUUUUAACAGCCUUUGCUCACAAAGGUUCUGCAUGCUUGCUGGAUUAUGGGCUUCCCUACUAUUUAUGGAUAGAAUUAAUAGUAGCAUUUCAUAUUAUUUUAAAUAUUUGCAUCUGAGGAAUCGACGUUCACCUUUUUCAACCUCAUCUUGGAAAUUUCAUACGUUCAUACCUCUUCAUCUUGGAUACUAAAAAUAGGUUUUCCAGCUUGCUAUUUCAUACCCUUUUGGCCAAAUCACAUAAUUUUGGGGAAAUGGACCGAAGUAGUUUAUGUUCCUUCCUCUAUACUCUGAGGGUACCUUUUAUCAGAUUCCCAGAACACUGUCAGUUCAAGCAAUUACUGCAUGGAUCUUGAGAUCUCCUCAUGCAUCCAUCACCAAAUAUUACUUUAUCCAGCAUCUGCUGCCAAAAUUGUGACCAAAAUGCUACUUUAACAGGUCUGAUCCGAAGCAUUUAGCAGAGACUCUCAAGACUGAAAACGAGGAAUCUUGUACCACAUACAACAUGCUCAAGGUUUGGAAAUCAUGGCGCUUCUUCCUGAUAGAACAUGAAGUCCUUCAUUUCCCUUUUUAGCAUAUAAUUCUGUACGCCAAACAAGAAAUCAGAAAACCGGAAGCAAAAAAAGUACCGUGAAAGGCAUCAUGACUUUUAUCAGUUCAAUUGCGUUGACAUUUCGUGAUGCAGGUCUCUCGCAACUUAUUCAGAUGGACCAGGGAGAUGAGUUAUGUCGAUUAUUAUGAGAGAGCCAUGACCAACGGUGUUCUAAGCAUCCAGAGAGGAACAGACCCUGGAAUAAUGAUCUACAUGCUUCCUCUGGGUGUUGGGGUGUCAAAAGCAAAGAGCUACCAUGGCUGGGGAACCCAAUUUAGCUCAUUUUGGUGUUGCUAUGGGACAGGUGGGUUCCGUUUAUUGUCCAAGUUAUUUUCUCCUUCGGACCUUUUUUUUCCAAGUUAUUUUCUCCUUCGGAACUUUUUUUCCAAGUUAUUUUCUCCUUCGGACCUUUUUUUCCAAGUUAUUUUCCAAUUUGACCCAUGUUGACAGUUAGAUGGGUUUGGUCAAUUGUUUUCCAAUCUGGACGAGUCAACCCUCAUUGUAAGCUUAGUGGACAUUUCUGGAUCUGCUUCAACCAAUGCAGAAUAUUGUCAAGCUGAAUCACUCUAGAUAGGUCAACUCUUCCAGCUACAUUUUGGGUCAACCCUAGACUUUACUUGGGUCAACCUUCUUGGGUUUGACCAAUUUGACCAUGUUGAUAGACAGAUGGAUCUAUUUCAACCAGUGCAAAAAAAAUAUUGCAAAGCUGAAUCAUUCUAGAUAGGUCAACUCUUCCGGCCACAGUUGCCCCUGACUUUGGGUCGACUUUCCAGCUUUGUUGGGUCAGUUGGAUGGGAUCCAGCAUGUUGACCCAGAAUUACCUUUUGGGCCUGACGUUACCCAUUAUCGGACUUUUUAUAUGGGCCGAAAUAAGGUGGACCAUGUUAUUUUUCGCCUUUUUAAUUUAUUUAUUUUUAUAAUUUCCCAAGGAAUCGAAUCAUUCUCAAAGCUUGGGGAUUCCAUAUACUUUGAGAAGGGCGGCAGCACACCGAGCCUCUACAUCGUUCAGUACGUGUCUAAUUCCCUCAAUUGGAAAUCUGGGGGCAUCAGACUCGGUCAAAAGGUCGAACCCCUGGCUUCUUCGGAGCCUUACCUCCGAGUGACGUUGACUUUUUCUCCUGUGAAGGUGACUCCCGUUAUGCUCAUAGAUAAGUUGACCAGCCUGUUCUGCAAUUGAUAGGACUUACUAUAUUUGUGCCUGCUUCAUUCAGGCAGCCGCACAAUCUUCUGAACUGAACCUGCGGAUUCCGUUUUGGACCAGGAGCGAUGCAAAGGCGGCCCUAAAUGACGAAUCACUGAACGUUCCUCUGCCUGGUAAAAUUAUCUUCUUGUUCUUAUCCUCCUCCUCGCCUUUUCCUCUACAAUGAUUCAGUGAUUCUUUCUUAGGAUGUAUGUAACCAUCAGUAGAUUGGCUAAACCAGAGAGAGAGAGAGAGAUUAGAGUUCACCCAUAUCAGCGUGAAAUUUUCAUCAUCUGAAGCUUCGUUUGACGGCAUUUUCUUGCCUUCAACAGGUAACUUCCUCUCGAUCACCAGAAAAUGGUCUCCCGGAGACAAGCUCACCCUCCAGUUGCCCGUCGGUCUGCGGAUGGAGGCCAUUGAAGGUCCUUCUCUUCUUCUCGCCACCGCCUUCUUCUUCCUCCUCCGUUCUUCUGAUCUGUGACAGCUGAGAAAAAUUACUCCCCGCAGAUGAACGGCCGGAGUACGCCUCCGUGCAGGCGAUCCUCUUCGGCCCGUACCUCCUCGCCGGCCUGUCCAAGACCGACUGGCGGCUGAGCCCCGGCGGCGCCAAGUCUCCGGCGGACUGGAUCACUGCCGUCCCCUCCGGCCACCUCUCCCAGCUGAUCUCCCUCACCCAGGCCUUCGCCAGCAGCGGCGCCGCCGCUCUGGUCCUCUCCAACUCCAACGGCUCCAUCGCCAUGGCGGAGCUACCCCGCGAGGGAUCCGAUGCCGCAGUCCACGCCACUUUCCGCCUCGUCCCGGCGAGCCCCUCGCCGGUGCCGGAGCAGCUGGUGAUGCUCGAACCCCUCGACCUCCCCGGCAUGGUAGUGGCGGCGCCGCCGGCACCGGGCGGAGUCCUCACCGUCGCCGCCGCCGGGGCCGCCGCGGACUCCACCUUCCGCGUCGUCGCCGGGCUGGACGGGAAGAACGGCACCGUCUCCUUUGAGUCGCUGGGCCGCCCCGGCUGCUACAUCCUCGGCGCGGCGGCGUUCUCCCCCGGCGAGUCCGUCCGGCUCGGCGCCGCCGCCGCUUCUCCGGCGGCGGCGAGCUUCUCUCUGAACGCACCGAUGAGGGGGUACAACCCCAUCAGCUUCGUGGCCAAGGGCGCCACCAGGGACUUCCUCUUGGAGCCAUUGAUGAGCCUGAAAGAUGAAUCUUAUACGGCCUACUUCAGCAUUGGCGGCUGA